UACAGUUUUUCUGCCACCAACCUUUCAGUUAUCUUCACCAUGAAAGAUUGAUUUGUCUCUAGAUUCUGAAAAGCCAGAAGAGAACAGAAGCCCUGAUACUGCAAAAUACUGUUUCCCUGAGCUGAGUGGUCAGCGUAAAGCCAUCAUGAGCGAUGUUACAAUUGUGAAAGAAGGCUGGGUUCAGAAAAGGGGGGAAUAUAUUAAAAAUUGGAGGCCAAGAUACUUCCUCUUGAAGACAGAUGGCUCUUUCAUAGGAUAUAAGGAGAAGCCCCAAGAUGUGGAUCUACCAUAUCCUCUUAACAACUUUUCAGUAGCAAAAUGCCAGCUAAUGAAAACAGAGAGACCAAAACCAAAUACAUUUAUUAUCCGAUGUCUUCAGUGGACCACUGUGAUAGAAAGGACUUUUCAUGUAGAUACACCAGAAGAACGGGAAGAAUGGACAGAAGCCAUUCAAGCAGUAGCAGACAGGCUUCAAAGGCAGGAAGAGGAGAGAAUGAAUUGUAGUCCAACAUCGCAAAUUGAUAAUAUAGGAGAAGAGGAGAUGGAUGCAUCCACAACUCACCAUAAAAGAAAGGUGACAAUGAAUGAUUUUGAUUACUUAAAACUCCUUGGCAAAGGCACUUUUGGCAAAGUUAUUCUGGUUCGAGAGAAAGCAAGUGGAAAAUACUAUGCUAUGAAGAUUCUGAAAAAAGAAGUUAUUAUUGCAAAGGAUGAAGUGGCCCACACACUUACAGAAAGCAGGGUACUGAAAAAUACUAGACACCCUUUUUUAACGUCUUUGAAAUAUCCCUUCCAGACCAAGGACCGUUUGUGUUUUGUAAUGGAGUAUGUUAAUGGAGGAGAGCUGUUUUUCCAUUUGUCGAGAGAGCGGGUGUUCUCUGAGGAUCGCACACGCUUCUAUGGUGCAGAAAUUGUUUCUGCUCUGGACUAUCUGCAUUCUGGAAAGAUUGUGUAUCGUGAUCUCAAGGUAAAAAAAAAGUAAUCAAAUUUUUUUUGAAAGACUAUUGGGACAAAUACAAAGUAAUUAUAAAGUUAACGCUGUUUU